UUUGGAAAAAAACCCAAACCCAACCCCACAGCUUGUUCCUCGCUCGCAGAGGUGUCUGUCACUGCCAUUAGUUGUCUCAGCUGCCCUUAAAAGUUAAUUCUGGUGGGGCCACGCGGGUGUCGUGCGGCCGAGGAAGGCCGCAUCGUGCCUGCGCCUUCCCCGCCGAAGGGUGCUUGGGGGUAAGGCCAUCCCCGUCCCGUUCCCCGAACGGCGCUGUCGGUGGCUGGGGAGGUUGCUCCCCGGUGCCUGUGCCACCCACAGCACCCAGGUGCUACCGGGCCGUGGUACCCGGGGCACGGAGGCCGGGUCUCCUUCUUUGGCGCUGCCCUGGGGAGGCCCCAGCCAUGCGUCUGCCCUGCGUCCCCCCGAGGAUGGCUGGCACGGAGGGGGAGCGUGUCCUAGCCCACGCGGCGUGCAGGAGGAGGCACGGCUGAGAGCCGAGCGAUGCUGUCUCGAGGCAGAGUGUCUCCUCGGCUUGCCCUGGAGGGCUGCGGGUCCUUACCCUGCCUCGGCCCGUACCGUCACACGCACGAGCCCUCGAUGGCGGAGGUUCCUUGAGGAACCACGUUCCUCUGCUGUUUCCUAGUGUCAAGAUUUUGCAGCUUCUCAUGCCAGGGGAAAGGAGGAGUCAAAGAUGUCCUGUUACCCUGUCCAGGAGAAGAAAGAAAUCAACCCAAUUUCAGCAAUUUCAGUGAUGAAAGAUCACCAUUAGAAGAAAAUCAGAGUUGCAUAUGCCAAGUCAAGAAGUUCUAAUUUUAAAAUUGCCCAUGCAGCCUUCAUUUCAUCUUCAGACUACUGUUUACUUAAAGAAACAGUCUGAAGAAGACUCCUCAUCCUUCAGAAGUAGCAUGCCCACAGUCUUCCUGGCCAAUGAUUCUUCUACAGCAAGCAGGACUCCUUCCUCAUCCUGAAAAGCCUUCAUCUCUUCCUAUGUCAGUGGCUACAAGGCCAAGAGCCAGCUCGCCACUGUCCCCACCAAAAUCACUCGGACUGGGGCCUUCCUUUCAUCAGACUCAAGAAGAGCUUGCAAAGGUGGUGGAGCAGGAUCCUAUGCUGGAGGAACUAUGUAAGCCUCUGUGCUGUAAGCUCUGCAAUGUCACUCUGAAUUCCGCACAGCAAGCCCAGGCUCAUUACCAGGGUAAGAACCACAGUAAGAAACUCCGAAAUUACUAUGCUGCCAAUAGCUGCCCGGCACCUGCCAGAAUGAGUAAUUCGGUUGAGCCUGCCCCACCUCAGGUUGUCUCCCUUCCAGCUCAGAUGGGAUCCAGUAAACCAGGUGGCCGAGUGAUCUUGGCCACAGAGAACGAUUACUGCAAGCUUUGUGAUGCCUCAUUUAGUUCUCCGGCUGUGGCACAGGCUCACUACCAAGGGAAAAAUCAUGCCAAACGGCUGCGUCUUGCAGAAGCACAGAAUAACUCAUUCUCGGAUGCAUCAGAACUAGGCAAACGGAGGGCAAGGAAAGAAGGGAAUGAAUAUAAAAUGAUGCAGAACAGAAGAAAUAUGUAUACAGUUCAAAACAACACAGGUCCCUACUUCAAUCCCCGCUCACGCCAGAGGAUUCCUCGGGAUCUGGCCAUGUGCGUCACCCCCAGUGGCCAGUUCUACUGCUCCAUGUGCAACGCCGGGGCCAGCGAGGAGAUGGAGUUCAGACAACACUUAGAAAGCAAACAGCAUAAAAGCAAGGUGUCCGAACAGCGGUAUAGGAACGAGAUGGAGAACCUAGGCUAUGUACAAUGAUGCACCACCCUCGGUAGUAGUUUGCAAAUAGAGCAGCUUGUCUCUCGCCUGCUGUUUGCCACAUGCCCUGCUUUGUGCUCCAUUUGAUAGGAGUAUGCUCUCGAGCUAUACAUGUAACACCUGCAAACUUAAUGGUAUGGUUAGAUUUUUUUUCUAUCAUAGUUGGCAGGAUGACGCUGUGCAGGACAUGAAGUGUUUUUGAUGUUUGUUUGCUAAUUAUCUAAGGCUCUUCAUUGUAUUGAGUGACGGGGAGGACUUUAUGUCUUCUCCCCGGCCUUCUGCAUGAAUAUGCGAAGCCCAAGAAGUGCUGGGAACUUCUGUGGUUCUCCCACACAGGUGGACCAUGUGCAAAGCCUGCUCCCCUCUUUGCACGCCAUAGAGCAGCGCUCCGGAAUGCCUCCCUACAGCAGACUGAGUCUCUGGGCAGCUUGUAAAGGAGGGGCAGGGAUGGGGCCUGUGAAUGUGUGAAUUAGGUGGUGUACUUGUCCACAAAUUGCUGCUUUGGCCUCCAUUACAGCCCAGAGUAAGUUCUUCCCACACCCCUGCAGAAAGGCUGUGCGUGCCUCUCCUCCUCGGAGGGUCAUGCCUCUUACUGCUUCCUCUGUGCUGCAGAUUUCAUUCUGAAGAUCUGACAUUAGAUAUCAGCUGAUUAGCCACAUCCAGAAAUAUUCUCUUCUACCAGUUAACAACGAAAAGAGAUUCUCAGUGUUGUUGGCUGGGCACCUCAGUGCACCAUGGGUGUAGCUCCUUGAAGAGAGUCUGGGGGGGUCUCGGUGGCUUAAUGAAGCGAAUUGGAAAGCAAACCCGCUCAGAUGAGAUGUGCUCUGUUCUGAUGCUGCCUUAGACUGGGUAGGGUUGAGAAUAGGUCGGAAGGAGCUGUCAGCUGUAAUUUCUUUGCAUACUGAUGUAGAAGAGAGCCAGUGUUGGUCUCUGGCCCGCAGCUCUGCUGCCCUGGGAGGGCAGGGCUGCCUGGACCCUGGGGAGCAGAUACCGGCGUGUCCCGCUUCCAUGCCAUUCCCUGGACAAGACCCAGUGGGUUACAGAGGAGAGGAGAAAUGCUCCUUUGAACGAGAGCUACCAAUAUUGGAUGAAUUUUUUUCCCUCUUUCUUUUCCCAUCUCAGAAUGGGCUUCAAUUCCAUUCCUUGAUGUGAACUUCACAGUUUUAGGGACCAUGAAAAAUCCAGAGUUAGGUAGGAUGUAAAUGUCAGGGAUGAUGAUUGAUUGAGUAACAGCUUUUUGGCCACGCAGAAGUAUUCAUGAAGCUUGUUAAGCAGCUUUGUAAGUGUAGACAAGCCCAAAGGGUGUGUGUCUUUUGAUUUUCCUUAGCAAAAGUAGAAAGAAGAUAAAGAGCAGAAGUAGGGCUCUUAUUUUUCUGCCUGUUUGGGUAGAUGUGUGGAGCUGUGAUCGGAAUCCAGUCCACGGUGUUCCUCAGAUGUUGGCUCCAGUGGCAAGUGCAGCCUGUAGGCAACCUCCGCUGGACCUGAUUCACCACUGCGCUGCUACGGCUGUGCGCUGGUACAGCUUCACUGACUUCAGUGGCGGGUGCAGGGAGGGGGCAAAGGAAGCGCCACGGCUUGUCUCACCCCUCGUUAGGCAGCAGCUUGAAUUAGAUGCGGCUCCAAUGGUUUCAGUAGCUUUUUACCAGGGAGAAACUUUACCUAGUGCGUCAUAUUGAAGGUGGCUCUCCCAGCCCCUUUUUUUGCCAUUCUGAUUCUGCCUCUUGCAUUCUGGAAGGAUUUCUGCUUGCCUUAAAAAAUGAGUAAACUAACAAAAAAUCCAGGUAGUUUUUAUUCAUCUUUCUAAGUCCACCUCAAAGAGGUUUGCUGCACUCGGCUGCUCCUCAGAAAUAGAAUAUCAUUAUCUUUAGCUACCUGAGCAUCGGGUAGCCGUGCAACCUUAACGCAGCCAUCCUAAAUCCAGGCAAGGUGAGCUCUUGUGCAGUAGUCGAAAGCAACCCCCUACCUAUCAUUCCAUGCUGAUCCUUGCCCUGCAGCUCCAGGCAGAGCAAUGGGUACCCUCUUGAAUGGGAUUCCCUUCCCUCCUUUGUGCAAAGCCCAGUUAAACAGGGUUUGUGUACUGGAGUGCGUUAGAAGGUAGGAGGAGCGGUGCCCAGGUUGCAAAGCACUAAGCAAGCAGUUUUGGCAGCCUGUGAGUCCAUUUCUUCUGUGCUUUCCUGCCCCUGGCUCACCCUCUGUGUGGCCUUGAAGAACAUUCCCCUUGCAAAAAUCUCUCAUCAGCCUUUUCCCCUCAUCUUUUGCAGUCAAAGAAGGGCUCUGGUUUUCAAUUUGUCUUCUGUCUUGUGUUUUGCUAGUCUGACACCACUGUGCAGGGACGGAGGGAGCUGGAUGAGCCUUACCAGGAUGUGUUUCACCAGAGUGAUCCCUGCAUUAUGGUUAAACAUCCCUCUUGCUGUAAACUAAAGCGUGGCAUUUCCCACAGGCUGCAAUUAGUAGCAGAAACCCAACGCUUUGUAAAAUAGGAGCUGGAGAAGCUAUAGGUACUGGUGUUGUCUAGCUUACUGCCAGGGCCAAGAAGGCAUUUUAGUCUGCUUUCACGCGUCUCAGAAAUCAGCUGUUCACCACUUCGGUUGCUGCUCCUGCGCCCGGCGCAGCGAUCUGUUCCUCACUCGGCACUUCCAGUGCCUGCUGGAGAUGUCAAAGCUCAGUUUGCUCCACAUGCCGUUGUUCCCCCGUGGUAAGGGCUGGUGCAACCCACGCCGGUGUGCCAGGGCGUGCGAGGGAGGUGCCGGGGGCUGUGCCCACAGGCUGCUCUCUGCAAGGGUCUGAGUCUGGUUUUGAGGAACGGCCCCGAACAGAGAGGCCUGUAGCUGCUUUGUCUUGUGCAAGGGAGUGCAACGAGUGAACGCCAUCAUCCUGAGAAUCUGAAGGUGGUGGGUUAUACAGCAGGUGUGAAGUUUAUACCUUAACGGUUUGUGACCUUCCCACUCUCCCUCCAGCAUAGAAAACUGUUGACUGCAAAGAGAAAACGCCCCACCUCACUAAUAGCAUCAGGGUUCAGGCCAGUCCAAGCUCAUAUGUGUCAGUGUGAGAAACUGGGUGGACCCCGAUUUUAUUUUUUAUUUUGUGAAAGCUGUUCUCGAAAUCGGUGUUCAAAACAUACAUUGAAAACACGUUCUGGCCAAACCCUGUUUGACACAGAUGGGCUGGGGAGAACACUGUACGGCUCGAGUACCAUCUCUCAGGCCCAUUGAAUCUUUUUCUCAUGUUAAACAAAGUACCAGACCCGAGAAAUAGGACUUCUGUGAAGCUGUCACAUUGGCCAGUAGGUUAAUGACCUUUGCUGCUAGGAACAAAAUAUAAAUCAAUGUGUUUGUAUUUAUUUUACUGUGCUGACCACUGAUUGAUUUGUUAAUAUUUAAAGCAUUAUUCUGUAGGUUGUUUUUGUUCAAAUAGAAAACUCGACAUCGCACUUUGCUUUUGGAUCAGAACAGGUAUUUAUUAUAUUUGUGAAAAUGUUUUCCCUCCCAUGUAUGUAUUGUUUUCUUUCCCUUGAUGAAAAAAAAACCCAAACAACAAA